CCCCCCAUCGAUGUCCCAGCCCCCGCCCUACAGCUCUAACGGUCCCCCGAUCAACCCCGACAGACGGCCUCUGCCUCCGGGCUGGAUUGAGCAGUGGGAUGCCAGCUACAAGACUUGGUUCUACGUGAACACCUCGGAGAACCCGCCGCGCUCGUCGUGGGUCCACCCGCUGGGACCUGCGCCUCCCACGCCGCAGCCAUCCCCAUUCGCGCCUCCGCCCGGCCCUCCACCCCCAGAGAACCGCGGAUACAGCCCGUACCCCCCGCAGGGCGGCUACAACCAGGGCUACGGCCAGCCCCCUCCCCAGCAGUGGGCGCAAUCCCCGCCCCCGCAAGGCGGCUACUACGGGAGCCCGCCGCCGCAGGGUGGCUACCCGCCGUACGGCGGUGCACCCCCGCAAGAGAACAGGGGCUGGUUCGGAUCGAGUACGCCUCAGCCCCAGGGGUACGCUCAGCAAGCGCCGCCGAAGAAGUCCGGUCCGGGAAUGGGCACCGCACUGCUGGCAGGUGGUGCGGGUCUGGUCGGCGGUGCUCUGCUCAUGGAUGCGUUCGAGGACCAUGAGGACCAUGAGCGUGAGGAGGCGUACGAUCAGGGUUAUGAUCAGGGCUUCGACCAGGGGAAUGAUGACGGCGGCGGUGGUGACUGGUAGUUGCCCACUAUCCCCAUUGGAGCCUCUUUCGGUGCCUUCGAGUCGGACGUUUCGGUGAUUAUCAAGUUCGCCACUAUUGCUGCCUUAUCCUCUAGUGCCGCGUUGUACAGUAGAUACACGUUGUAUUUCUUCUCUGGAUGAUACCAUGGCUUACUGAAAGCUCCCG